AUGGCUAGAAAGACAUUGGCUGAAACAUUGGCAGAAUUGUCUCAACCAGCGUCUGGAGAUUUUGAUAUAGAAGACCAAGAAGGAGGAGCAGUACUUGACUAUGGAGAUAAUAGUUCUUUUGGCUCCGAGAGUGAAGAGGAUAAAAGUAACCACUAUGUUAAAGUUGGCAAGUCAAGGAUAAGAGAGAACGCAGUUAAAUUGGGAGGACAAUACGAGGGAAAAAAGAGUAGUAGAGCCGAUGUUUUUGGAGACGAGGACGAUGAGGAGGAGGACGAUGAGGAUGUUGAACAUUCGGAAACUGAAGAUGCACUUUCGGUUUCAGGAUCAGAGUCCGAAUCGGAUGAAAAAAAUAGUGAUCAAAGCCAAGGUGAUUCUGAGAGUGAAGAAGAAUCUAACUCAGGUGAAGAUCUAGACUACAAGAGAUCAAAACUACAGCAACUUAUAAGCUCCGAAAGGAAAACCAUUGUAAACCAAUUAUCAACUUCCAAUAAACAAGAUGCACUGAAAGGGUUUGCAGUGUUGAAUCAGCAGAAACAGUAUGAUCAAUUGGUUGACCUCAGAAUAAAAUUACAGAAAGGAUUAGUAGCAUCGAAUGGUCUACCCAUUAACAAAGAAUAUUACGAACAGAAUAAAGCACCAAAGUCUUCCAAACACCUGGAUAAGCUACAAGAUAAACUAUACAAUUUAUUGGAUGUCACUUUAGAACUGAGAGGCAAGCUAUUAAACAAAAGCAAGAUUGUGAGCCAAGAGUUUCCCCCUAUUCCAAGUAAGAAACGUAGUUUACAGCAUUAUUUGGAGGAAUCUUCCAAGUUGGAUAACAUAGUUAAUGAAUAUAGAAGGAACGUCCUCGUUAAAUGGUCUCAAAAAGUCCAAAAUGCUUCCGGAGCAACUGCUUUGAGCUCAUCCAAAUUCAAGGCUAUUAACCAAGAUAGUUCGACUCAAGUGGACAACUAUUUGGCAGACAUGGAUAGAUUAAUCAAAAGAACCAGACUCAACAGAAGAAGCGUAGUGCCAUUAGGAUACACCGAGACAGAAGAAGUAGUAGAUGAUGAUGAAUUGAUCGACAACGAUAAAGAUAACAAUGAGACCAAAUACUUCAGCAACAUUGACCGAUCUUUGAAGGAAAACAAAUAUAUCUAUGAUGAUGACGAUUUCUAUAGAGUUCUUCUGAACGAUCUAGUCGAUAAGAAAGUUUCUGAUACACAGAAGCUGACAUCUACAUCAACUGUUAUUACAUUUUCGAAAUCCAAAUUGCAUAAAAGUUAUGAAAGAAAAGCGACUAAGGGUCGUAAGCUGAGGUAUACAGUUCAAGAUCCAUUAUUGAAUUUUGAAGCCUCCAACCCACAUGCCUACAAGUGGAACGACUACCAAAUUGACGAGUUUUUUGCGUCAUUAUUUGGGCAAAAGGUCAACAUGAACGAGGAUGAGCAUAACGAAGAGGUACAAGGUGAAUCAGAAGGAGAGGACAUUUUGAAGGAUGAUAUCAAACUGUUUGGAUAA